CGUCCGCAGAGGGUGAGCUCCUGCUUCUGUAGCAUAUGCUAGCCGCCGCCGUCGCUGGCGCGCUCGGCUGGUCUACACCGCUCGCGCCGACGCGCCAGCUCGCGUGCUGCAGCCGCGCCGCUCGCCCGAUCGCCGCGCUGCCCGAAACGUCGCUGCAUGACUCGUCGCUGCGUGGUGCUGGCGCGGCGGAGCUUGUGCGGCGGCUGAGCCGCGAGGAGCUGCGGGCGGCGUGCGCGAGCCGCUCUCUCCGCGUGAGCGGCACCAAGGCGGAGCUUGCGGCGCGCCUGCAAGAAUACGCCGCCAAGCCUGCCGCCGCCGCCGCCUCUGCCGCCGCCUCCGGCUCUGCUGCCUCCUCCUCCUCCGCCACGCAGCCGCAUGACAGCUCCGCUGCCGCCGCCGCGCCGCCGCGCCGCCGCACGCUACAGGGCGGUGCCGCGGCGCCGUCCUCUCACGGCCUCGCUCCACUCACCGCCAGCGGUGGCAGCAGAGAAGCGCAGGCUGCAGCCGACGCGGCUCCAGUCAGCGGCGGCGGCGGCGGCGGCGGCGGCGUUGACGCGGGCGGUGGCGCGGGUGGCGGGAACACGGGCACGGGCGCGGACAUGGAGGUGGUGGUGCUGGGGAGCGGCGCGUGCAACCCGUCCCCCACUCGCUCCGCGUCGUCGCUCGCGUUGAGGCUGCUCAACUCGUACUGGCUUUUCGACGUCGGCGAAGGGACGCAGGUGCAGCUGCAGCGGUGCUUCGUGGCGCCCGGGCGCAUCGACCGUUUCUUUCCCGGUGGACUGGACUUGCGCCCGCGCCCAGACGGGUGCUGGGAGCUGCUGACUGCCGCAUUCGGCGAGAGUGGCUCGGUCCCCGUGCGCGCGGCGCCGGCGUCCAAGCGGGGCCGCCUCAAGCCGGAGCUGGUGCUGCCGCUGCUGCAGCGCAACAAACAGGCGCUUGCGGACGAAGGGGGGGCGCUCGCGGACGAGUGGGGCGUGCGCGACCCGCGAUCGGUGCUGAAGAAGGUUGCGGCACUCGGCUCUGAGGAGGAGCUCGUCCUUCCCGACGGCGCGGUGAUCCGAGGCUCCGACGCGGUCGGCGGCACGCGGCGCGGACGCAAGAUUGCGGUGCUCGGCGACUGCUGCGACGCCUCGCCUUGCUCGGGCAUCGCCGCCGGGUGCGACUUGCUGGUGCACGAGGCGACAGACGCGUACCUGCAAGUAGCUAGCUAA